UGAAAAUGAGGCGGACGCUCGGUCGCGACUUCAGUGCGUACGCGUCCUUUUGAGGAGACCUCUAAACUUGGAUCAUAUCACCAUGGGAGCUAUUUGGGCUGCGAGGGACUUUUGUUUGUUUCUGCUCCUGUUAAACAGUCGCCAAAGCGCAGCGCGUCCAGAGACUCGAGCAGAUCCAUGUGCAGAGGGAAGCGAUGGCUGUCACAUUGAUGCUAUUUGUCAGACUACCCAAGGCUCAUACAAGUGCACGUGCAAAGCAGGUUUUAAAGGAGACGGAAAACACUGCGAAGACAUUGAUGAAUGUGACCUGGAGUACAAUGGUGGCUGUGUACAUGAGUGCAACAAUAUACCAGGCAAUUAUCGCUGCACUUGUUAUGACGGAUUCAAUUUGGCACACGACGGACAUAACUGUCUAGAUGUGGAUGAAUGCAAGUUCAACAACGGUGGGUGCCAACACACUUGUGUUAACACCAUGGGCAGCUACGAGUGCCGCUGCAAAGAGGGCUUCUUCCUCAGCGACAACCAGCACACAUGUAUCCACCGCUCUGUUGAGGGCCUCAACUGUAUGAAUAAGGAGCACGGCUGCGCCCACAUCUGCAAAGAGACACCCAAAGGGGGUGUGGCCUGUGAGUGUCGUCCAGGGUUCGAACUGGCCAGGAACCAGAGAGGCUGCAUCCUAACUUGUAACCAUGGCAACGGAGGCUGCCAGCACACCUGUGAGGACACAGAGAAUGGCCCCAUAUGCAAGUGUCACGUCAGGUACACCCUGCAACCUGACAAGAGGUCGUGUGUAGAACGAGAUGAAGCCACCGCCGAGUCCACAGACCACAACGCCACCUCCUUUACUGAGGUGGACAAACGGGUCAAACGAAGGCUGCUAAUGGAAACCUGUGCGUUGAACAAUGGGGGGUGCGACUGCACCUGUAAAGACACAUCCACAGGCGUUCGCUGCAGCUGCCCAGUCGGCUUCACACUGCAGCCGGAUGGAAAAACAUGCAAAGAUAUUGACGAGUGUGAGCUUCACAACGGCGGCUGCGAACACUUCUGCAGAAACACCAUCGGCAGCUUUGAGUGCAACUGCAGAAAAGGCUUCAAGCUGCUGACAGAUGAGAGAUCUUGUCAAGAUAUAGAUGAAUGUUUUUUUGAGCGGACAUGUGGUCACACGUGUGUGAACUCCCCUGGUGGUUUUCAAUGUCUGUGCAACAAAGGCUACACCAUGUAUGGGCUGGCCCACUGCGGAGAUAUAAACGAAUGCAGUGUGAAUAAUGGUGGUUGUGAGCAGGGUUGUGAGAACACCAUGGGUGGAUUUGAAUGCUUCUGCCGUCCUGGCUAUAAGCUACACUGGAACAAAAAGGACUGCAUUGAGGCUGAGGGUUUCCCACCUGCUAAACCCCCCUCUAAACCUACCUUGAACUGUAAUAAGCAGGAGGGAGGGGACCGCUGCUUCCUGACCUGCCAGUCCCAAGUUCACAUCAGCAGUGGGACGGAGGAUUCCUACACGGUGACCUGUGGAAUGCCUCUGCCCUGCUUGGCUGAUGCACAAAGGAACAACAGCGGCUUGCAUUGCUUAGGUCCAGAAAUAGCCAGUGUCCCACGCAUCAAGACCACAGCCACUUUCAAGUCUGGCACCACAAAAUGCAACUUAAAAAGAAGUCAGGAGAAGCUCAAGGAGAGCUUGAACUCACCACUCUCAGACAGCAGGUUCCUCUUCACUGAAAAUGUCCAGUUCAGCUAUGUGAGCUUGCGCUGCACCUCGUCCGGGCAGCGAAUGCGUAGCCGCCAUGGCAGGAAAGCUGGCGAGGAGGACGGCUCCUCAAUAACAGCUGAGUUUGAGCUGGAUGUGAACCUAGAGGAGGUAACAGCAGAGAGCUGCGACCUGAACUGUGUGCGCCGACGCUCAGAGAAGAGGCUCAGGAAGACCAUCAGGACCCUGAGGAAGUCCAUACACCGGGAACAGUUCCACCUGCACUUUGCGGGAUCUGACUACGAGCUCGCCAAGAGUCUGGGAAAGCCGGCGGAACUCCCAGGACACUGUAUGGCGGGACAAGUGCUGGCGGGCAGGAAGUGUGUGAGCUGCAGUGUUGGGACUUACUACGACGGGGAUCAGGGAAGGUGUGUGUUGUGUCCAUCCGGAACAUAUCAGGAUGAAGAGGCACAGAUGUCUUGUGAAGUCUGUCCUGGACCUGAAGGAAGAGAAGUCUCCAAGGUGGUCGGAGCUCGAAACAUGUCAGAGUGCGGAGGUCAGUGUUCCCCGGGUCAGUACUCUCAUGAUGGCUUCAUCCCCUGCUUGCCCUGUCCACUGGGAGCGUACCAGCCUGAAGGGGGACGCACCACCUGCCUCCCUUGUGGAGGGAACUUGGUCACCAAGCGCAGUGGUGCUGUUACCUUUCAGGAGUGUGAGACCAAAGUCCAGUGCUCUCCAGGACAUUACUACAACACCACCACACACCGCUGCAUCCGCUGCCCCGUAGGCACGUAUCAAGGAGAGUUUGGGCAAAACUACUGCGUCUCCUGCCCUGGAAAUACCACCACCGACUUUGAUGGCUCCACUAACUUCAUGCAAUGCAAAAACCGACAAUGUGGAGGAGAGCUUGGGGAUUUUACUGGCUUCAUCGAGUCCCCCAACUACCCGGGAAACUACCCAGCCAAUGUCGAAUGCACCUGGACCAUCAACCCACCGCCCAAACGCAGGAUCCUCAUUGUUGUCCCAGAAAUCUUUCUGCCUAUUGAGGACGAGUGCGGAGACUACUUAGUAAUGAGAAAGAGCUCUCUCUCCAACUCUGUGACAACCUACGAGACUUGUCAGACAUACGAACGUCCCAUCGCUUUCACCUCCCGCUCCAAGAGGCUCUGGAUACAGUUCAGGUCCAACGAAGGAAACAGUGGGAAAGGCUUCCAGGUCCCGUAUGUGACAUAUGACGAGGACUACCAAGAAUUGAUAGAAGACAUAGUCAGAGAUGGAAGAUUAUACGCUUCAGAGAAUCACCAGGAAAUUCUAAAGGACAAGAAACUCAUGAGGGCGUUGUUUGAUGUUCUGGCUCACCCACAGAACUUCUUCAACUACACAGCACAAGAGUCGAGAGAAAUGUUCCCCAAAUCAUUCAUCCGCUUCCUGCGCUCCAAAGUCCUGAGAUUCCUUCGCCCUUAGAUUGGUUACUGGAUACUUCAUGAAACCCUAGAUUAGAUACUGGCCACAGUAUCUGUUUUAUCCACUGACGCCUUUAAGAAUAUUCUGUAGUUAUCUGUUUUCACAUGGAGCGACACUAGAGUGGAUGACACACUUGAUAAAACUGAUCCUGAAGAGAAAGUGGACAAGUGGAGCUUUAAGAGGGAGAAAUGAUCAGUGAUAAAGUGUUACAGAGUGUAAACCUACGUUACCAUCCUCAGGUGGUGAUCUGGAUUAUUUUGUUUGGAAAUUUGGAAAAAUAAUUGAAAUUACUUUAGGUUUUAAAAUCACCAUCUCAGGAUCCAAUGAUGUACAUGCCAACAUGCUGAGAGAUUUGCUGAUAGAAUCAUGAUAAAAAAACAAAUGCUGUAGGUAAACAGAUAUACGAUACUGAAUGUCAGUGAUGCUGUAUAUAUAGAGUGUGUAUCUAGUUUUAACAUAGGCUACUUUCACAGGUAGAGCUUAAUUGAAAGAAAUACUGCUAAAUGUCAGAAACAAAUAUAGCACAAAUGUUUUCAUCGGGAACAUUAGCACUACUAAAGAAGUAGUGGCACCACAAAAGCAAUUAUUCUGAUGAAUGUUUUGUAUAUGAUGUAAAAAGUUUUUAGGUGAAACGCGAAUGUAUUGUAGUAACUACGUACAUUUUUGACAGUCUAGCAUUGCUGCAAUUGCUGGUGGCUCAUGUAUAUGAUGUCCCCAAAGUGUGUCGUUGAGGGUUACUGCUCUACAAAAAUGACACCAGUAUGCAUCAAUUUAUUUUUAUACCGUUUACUAGCAACCAAAGAGAACUGUUCAGAGUACAUGAAAAGAAAUGAAAAGUCUUGUAAAAUAGAAUUGAACUAUUCACCUG